CCGACGUGAUUCCACGUGACUCCUUUGAUACAAAGUAACCCUGGUCUGAGUUCGCGGCUGGUCUCGCUGUGUUUGUUUUCACUUGUACAGGCGGCAGCGCAAUUACAUAUUAGUUGCUUCUUUCUUUAUUAAAAAAAAAAGUUAGGAUGCCGGAACAGAUCAGCAUCUCGGAGUUUGUAAGCGAGACGUUAGAAGACAUCAACUCGCCGAUCACCUCGAACUUCACCUCGAAGAUGUCAAACUGCAGGAACACGGUGGUUGCUCUGGAGGAGUCACUGGAGGCAGAUCAGUCCAUCUUACUGAAGAUGAAGAAGUUGGUUAAGGCCAUUCACUCCUCUGGACUCGCCCACGUGGAAAAUAAAGAACAAUACAUUGAGGUUCUGGAGAGCUUUGGAAACCACCACCUAUCUCAAAAUAAGAAUGAAUUGUCUACGGGCUUCCUAAACCUGGGUGUUUUUACUCGUGAAGUGACUGCGCUCUUCAAGAAUCUGACUCAAAACAUGAACAAUAUCCUCUCCUUUCCGUUGGACAACCUGCUAAAGGGCGAUUUGAAGGAAGGAAAAGGGGACCCAAAGAAGCUCAUUGAGAAAGCUUGGAAGGAUUACGAGAACAAAGUGAACAAGAUUGAAAAGGAGAAGAAAGACCGCGCCAAGCAGUUUGGACUAAACCGUUCAGAAAUAAGUCCUGCAGAAAUUGCUGAGGAGUUGGAGAAAGAGAGAAAGAUGUUCCAACUCCAGAUGUGCGAGUAUCUUCUCAAGGUGAGCGAAAUAAAGAUUCGAGAAGGUCCUGACCUAAUCCAAAGCCUCAUCAAGUACUUCCACGCUCAACAGAAUUUUUUCCAGGAUGGCCUCAAGGCAGCUGAGAGCUUGACUCCCUUUGUGGAAAAAUUGGCAGUGAGUGUACACUCGCUGAAACAAACACAGGACGAGGAAAUGAGACAACUGGCGCAGAUCAGGGAUUCCUUGAGAUCAGUACUUCAGGUGGAUCACAGAGAGGAAUGUUUGAAUCGGAAAAAUUCUGGCUACAGCAUACACCCUCUUCCAGGAAACCGUAUGUAUGGAACAGAAAAGUCCGGCUUCCUGUACAAGAAGAGUGAUGGGAUCCGAAGAGUGUGGCAGAAGAGAAAGUGUGGCGUUAAGUAUGGCUACCUUACUAUAUCGCACAGUACUAUCAACAGACCUCCGGCUAAACUCAACCUGCUGACCUGCCAGGUGAGGCCAAACCUUGAAGACGGGAAGUGCUUUGAUCUAAUAGCACAUAAUCGAACCUACCACUUCCAUGCUGAAGAUGAGCAAGAGUGUCAAGUAUGGGUGUCCGUGUUGCAGAACAGCAAAGAGGAGGCGCUCAACAAUGCCUUUAAAGGAGAUGCUAGCCAAGGCACCAAUGACACGGUACAAGAGCUGACCAAAGCAGUCAUUGCUGAAGUCCGAGGGAUGGCAGGAAAUGAGGUCUGCUGCGACUGUGGAACACCGGACCCCACGUGGCUCUCCACCAACCUGGGUAUUUUAACCUGCAUUGAAUGCUCUGGGAUUCAUCGGGAGUUGGGCGUACACUAUUCCAGGAUACAAUCUCUCAAUCUCGAUGUACUCAGCACUUCUGAACUCUUGCUUGCUGUCAAUAUUGGAAACACAAGAUUGAAUGAAAUCUUUGAGGCAACCUUGCCAACUCAGUGUGGUGUUAAACCCAGUCCAACCAGUGACAUGAACGCCCGGAAAGAAUAUAUCACUGCAAAGUAUGUGGAACACAAGUAUACAAAGAAAGGCGUUUACAAAGGAGGAUUUAAAUUAUUUGAAGCAAUUCGGAACAAGGAUGUCCUGGCUUUGCUGCAGAUGUACGCUGAAGGUGUGGAUUUCACUGCACCUCUCACUUUACCAGACGGACAGGACCUUGGAGAAAUACCGUUGCACCUUGCUGUGCGGUUGGCAGACAGAUUGUCGUUGGCUUUGGUUGACUUUCUGAUACAGAACGGGGGUGGCCUCGAUGUGAAGACGGCCGAGGGUAACACUGCCCUCCAUUACUGCUGCCUGUACAAUAAAACCGAAAGCCUGAAGCUGUUACUGAAGGGAAAAGCUAGCACGCAGAUCGGUAAUCUGGUUGGAGAAACUGCCUUGGACGUUGCGAAGAAGUUCAACCAUACUGGUUGUGAGGAACUGAUUGAUCAAGUGCUGGCAGGGAAGUUCAGUCCUUUUGUUCACGUGGAGUAUGAGUGGGUUAUGCAUCAAGAUUAUGUUUAUGACAGUGAGGAGGACAUGGAUGAAAGGGUUAGUCCUUCGCAAAGAUCUUUCAAAUCCAGUGGCCUCAACCAACUCUCGCCAAGCUCUUCAAGCACUUCAGUAUCUUCUUCACCGUUUAUCAGUCCCAGCUCGUCUGGCUCUAAGAAGGAAAGAUGGAGUUUUGCCGGCUCUAAUAUCGUGAAUGAGACGUAUGGGGCACUGGUCCUUCCUCCUAAAACGGCAGCUCAGUCUCCAUCGUCUGACACCACUCCACCACCACUGCCGGUCAAGACUUUCACCAGGGCUGGAUCCACAGAUGGUCAGAACAGACGUGGCUCCUCGUCUCCCGGGAAUAGUCCUGUGCAUCUCCUGACUCCACCUGCAAAAGCUCUGGGUCGUCCUGACUUGCCUUGGAGACAUUCUGUUGAUGGGUCCACUGAGGCGUUGAGCUCUCUGACCAAGUCGAGUUCUCAGAAAAGAUUCUCUCAUCACUGGGUUUCCCAGACAUCAGUGGAUCUGCCAGAUUGCAAGAGACAUGAGUUGCCGGGUGAAACAUCUCUUCAGAACUCAGAGCAGCAGCCCCCUCCAAUGCCCCCAACAUCCCUGCAUGAGUCGCAAGUAGCAGUGAGCCCGAGUCAUACAACAUUCACCAGGAAACCCAGUGGAGACAAAUCAGUGAAGAAGCCUAGAGAGCCAAAUUCAAGAAAUCACGAUGACGUCUAUAUUGUUCCUGUGACCUCUAAGCCAGUACCUGUUCCAUUGCCAAGGAAGUCCGUUGGGGUCAAGCAGAAACAGAAGAGGGUUAAGGCGAUCUUGGACUGUACGGCUGACAAUUCCGAUGAGCUGACCUUCACCAAAGGAGAGGUCAUUGUUGUGACCGGAGAGGAAGAUUUAUUUUGGUGGAUUGGCCACAUUGAAGGAGACAAGUCAAGGUCAGGAGCCUUUCCAGUGGACUAUGUUCAUCUCCUGUCGGAAUGACCAGAUCCUCGCAAUCUCCCGUGGAAAAAGACUUGCGACUUCUUGAACUUGCAGAAGCCCUUCUGAAAGGUUGGGUUUCUCUCAGCAGGCUUAGUUCUAUGGUGGCCCUUCAGUGGGAUGCCAACCUGGCAUUUGGGUUUCAGCUUUCAUCAAGACGCUCUUUGUUGAUUGUUUUUGUAAUCAUUGGAGAAUCACGGUUGUCCCGACCAAACAUGGAUCAGAAGUUGAAACUGCUUUAUGUGAAGGCUGGACCUUAAUAUACAGAGAACAUUUUGUUCUAAUAUUUAUCUUUAUUUCUGUUUUGGAUUUGUAUUACACUGCCUCAUCUGACCAAUCUGUGCCAACAAAGGUAGACAGAGCUCUAAGGAUUAUGACAGGUAAUGCUUGGAGGUGUGUUACAGUGUGAGAGUCUUGAAGGAACACGUGGUGCUUCACUGAAGAGUCUUCUAGGCCUUUGUUGACGUGUGGCUGAGAAGUUGUUUUGUAUUAGGCAAGUACUAUUUUGUUGGGUCAGUGGUUGUUUCAUUUCAAGGUGGGCUUAGGCUAUGUGCAGCAUGGAUGCUAGGUGAAAGAAGUAUGAAGGUCCUACCAGCUUCAACUGGGCUUUACUGUCUGAAUCAAGCAUUCCCAAACUGAACUGGGAUAUGGGACUGAGAGGAGUAUUGCACGGAUAGCAGUGGGGUAUAUGCACAAUAGUUUCUUUCAUGAAUUGAGCUGGAGUAUAAACACAAUGGUGUACUGCACAGAUUGAUAUUCAAAUUUCAAAGUAAAUGUAUUAUCAAAGUACAUAUAUGUCAGCAUAUGCAAUCCUGAGGUUCAUUUUCCUGCGGGCAUACUCAGCGAAUCUAUAGAAUAGUAACUAUAACAGCAUCAAUGAAAGAUCAACCAGAGUGCAGAAGACAACAAACUGUGCAAAUGCAAAUACAAAUAAAUAGCAGUAAAUAACAAGUACGUGAGAUAAUGGGAUAACGAGUUCAUAAAGUAAGAUCAGUAGUUGUGGGAACAUUUCAAUGGAUGGGGAAAUGAGUAAAGUUGUCCCCUUUUGCUUGACGGCCUGAUAGUUGAGGGGUAGUAACUGUUUUUGGACCUGGUGAGGUGAGUCCUGUGGCUAUUGUACCUUCUACCUGCUGGCAGCAGUGAGAAAAGAGCAUGGCCUGGGUGGUGGGAUUCAGAGUGUAUGUCCUGAAUGGAACAGGUUUAACUGAUAAAUAUAAGACGUAGGAGCAGAAUUAAGCCAUUCAGCCCAUCAAGUCUGUUCCACCAUUCUAUUAUGGCUGAUUUUAUUAUUUCUCUCAACCUCAUUCUCCUACCUUCUGCUGGUAAUCUCUGACACCCUUAGUAAUCAAGAAGCUAUCAACCUCUGUUUUAAAUAUACCCAAUGACUUCCAUCUGCAACAAUAAUUUCCACAGAUUCAUCAUCUUCUGGCUAAAGAAAUUCCUCCUCAUCUCUGUUCUAAAGGGACGUCCUUCUGUUCUGAGUCUGUGUCCUCUGUUCCUAGGCUCCCUCACUAUAGGAAACAUCCUCUGUACAUCCUGUCUAUCUAGGCCUUUCAAUAUUCAAUAGGUUUCAAUGAGAUCCCCUCCCACAAAAUAUGGACCAAAUGCUCCUUGCGUGACCUGAAUUGCAUAUAUGAAAUGAAUGGACUCUUGAUCAGGAGUACAUUUUAUUAAGGUUAAACGAUUUAAUGUGGACUUGUACUGCUUGAGUUGGACUAUAUGAGCAUGGUGAUACAUUGCAUGGGUGAAUUGGCAUUGUUAAGGUGAUAGCACUUGACACAAGUUAGAUUGAGACGUGUGAGCUAGACGGUGUGAUGCACAGGUUGUGGUGCACCAUCUAGACAUGAUAUUUUGUACAAUUAAAGGAGGAAUAGAAAAUUUAUAAACGUGAGACGAAAUGAAAUGAAAUGUUAACAAUUUCUGAUGAAUUUCAACUGUCUGAACCACACUCUGAUAUUGACUGGUGUUGACUGGGAAGCACAUAUUAGUAACAAGUAACUGGGGGGUGGGUUUCAUGGUGGAUGAGAAGCUGUGUGAUAGAAAAUGCCCACACAAGUGUAUAUUGCAAAGCCUUACUUACCACCAUGAUUCCUCAUCAAUUGAAGGAUGGACUAUGUUAUUCCGAGAGGAUUUCUAUACCAACUUUAUUUUUUUUUUCUUAAACCCAUCACCCCCAAUGGGGCAUAGGCUGCUGACUGCCGCUCGCUAGAGUCUUCAACCAGUCUUUAAAGAUGUAGUCUAUUGAAGAUCCUUCCCCUCCCAGGGAUAAGGCCUUGGGAGCUUCUAUUGGCGUUUCUGUAGCUCUGGGUUUUUACAGUUUUUAUAUCUACAGAGCUUUUAUUAAAUGUGAACUUGAAGGACAUGUACAAUGCAUAUUACUGUAAGGAGUUUACAGUAAUGUGGGAAGGGGGAAGUUCUUAAUGGGUAGAAUAGAGUAGGUGGUUUGAUGAGAGAUGAGUGAGUCCUCAGCUGUUUUCAAUUUGUAACUAGACCUUCAACAAGCUCACAUUUAACUCAAACAUUAAAUGGAUCAUUUAUUGAACUCCUUCCCUUCCCUUUCCCCCCCCCCACUUUCUUAUUCUGGCUUUUUCCUCCUUCCUUUCCAGUCCUGAUGAAAGGUGUCAGCAUGAAACGUCGACUCUUGGCCUGCUGAGUUCCUCCAGCAUUUUGUGUGUGAUGAUCUGGAUUUUCAGCAUCUUUUGUCUCUAUUAAAUGGGUCAGGUGGUUCAAUAAGUUCAAAGGAAACUUAUUAUGAAAGUACAUGUAUAGACAGACAGACAUGCUUUAUUGAUCCUGAGGGAAAUUGGGUUUCAUUACAGUCGCACCAACCAAGAAUAGUGUAGAAAUAUAGCAAUGUAAAACCAUAAAUAAUUAGAUAAUAAUAAUUAAAUUAUGCCAAGUGGAAAUAAGUCCAGGACCAGCCUAUUAGCUCAGGGUGUCUGACACUCCGAGGGAGGAGUUGUAAAGUUUGAUGGCCACAAGCAGGAAUGACUUCCUAUGACCUUUAGUAUUGCAUCUCGGACAACCCUGAGAGUCACUUUCUUGUGGACAUUGACAAUAAAUACAAAGAAACUCAAUAGAAUCAAUGAAAAACUCCACACAACAAAGACAGACAAAUGACCAAUGUGCAAAAGACAACUAAUUCUGCAAAUGCAAAAAGGAAAUAAAUAAAUAAAUAAAUAAAUAAAUAAAUAAAUAAAUAGUGAGUUGUAGAAUCCUUGAAAUUGAGGUCUUUGUUGUACUGCAAAGAAGGUCUCAUUGACCAAGCUUUAGAGAUGUGAGGAACCAAUUGACUUUUAAUGUUAAUUUUAAACCAUCUGUGAGCUGAUGGUAUUUACAGUGAUACCAACAGAUGUGGUUUUCCAUUAACGUAAGGAAGAGAGUAAUUGGUUGGCAGAAAGACAUAUUUGCUGGAAUUUCACACUCUUGAUUUUAUCACUAAGCCCUGUGAUCUGUUUGUCAUCAAGAUUUAUAUGUCAGUACAUACAUAACUGCCUCGGUUCCACCAAGUCUGGACUCAUUCUCAACAUCCUUAGAAAGUAUUGAUAUUAGAAUCACCUUUUGAAGGAAAUCCAUCUAUCAACUGUUCAAAAUGUUGAUCAACCCAGAACUUUUCCUAUCACAAAAAAAAUCUCCUUUUUCUUGAUGGUGGUCAAAAUAGAUGGCAUUCCAUUGAAGACAAUGGAACAGUUCAGUGAAGAUUUGGAAGAAACUUAGAGAACUUUAGACUGGACUGGUCACCUGUACUCAUGGAAACAGACUCUUCCAAGUGGUAAAUGGGGUGAAUUGCAUUCAAAAUCAACUGCAUUUAAAGAAGACUGCACAUGUGUGUGUCUAUAGUUACAGGGUAUAACUAGGGGUUGAAAUGUACUUACAAGUACGAUAAACUAUUAUAAGAACACUGGGUACUGCUGUGUGAGCCUUGGACCAACUUACCUACCCCGGUUGUUUCAGAAAAAUAUACAAAAUUAUUGUAUCUAAGUGAGAAUUACCUAGCUACAAUUAUUAUUAUUGUAAAUGUUAGCUUAGGCAAUGACUGAGUGUGUUGGCCUUGUGUACAAGUCAAGAAAAUUAUUAUACUUAUGUCUGCGGUAGAACUUUUCAUUUUGUAGUGAAAUUUGUAUGUAGUUUUGAUUUUGCCCAAGGUGUUUAGCAGGGGAAAUAUUUGUUUAACAUCUCUCCAUCCCUUCACUCCAAAUUGAUUCUCCAUUUUCUUUCCUUACUGGUGGUUUGGAUUUUGACAAAUUUUCUUGCAAAACCCAACUCCAGCUGUGAGGUUCACAAAACUGCUUGCAAGGAUGAACGAUGUUUUUAUUAUCACUAAAGAGAGUUUGUGGGGAAAACGGUGAGUAAUUGAAUGUCUUUGAUGGAUGUGAAAGGGGCCAAGAAAUACAAGAAAAAGUGUGCCCUUAUGUGUCUGACUGCAGAGAGUGUAUUAAAUCCAGUAUCAAAGAGAGAGAAUUGGCACUUGCAAGUAUAAAGACUGAAGAAAACCUUUUGUAUUGUUAUCACAUUGUAAUAUAAUUCCCUAUUUAUUAAAAUUAACAGUUGA